UGGGCUCCUUUCCACGAGCUUUAAGGUUCAGGGUAGCUCGUGCAACAUCGCGGCUAGCAGCAUCGUCAUCCCACCUUCAGCUUCAAAUCUCGACUCCUGGCGACUCCCACUUCGAACCAAGAGACACACGCCAGCGCCCGACGAAUAGCUACAAUGUCUGACGCGCGUGCACUUCUCCGAGAGCAACGCGCUGCUCGUCGAAUAACACAUCCGUACGCGACGUACACCUCGUCCAACACCCUUCUCUGCACCCUCUGCCGCCAGUCCGUCAAGACCGAAUCGCUCUGGGACUCCCAUCUCGCCUCCGCCACACACAAGUCCCGGCUUGCCGCCCUCAAAGAGGCGUCGCCGCAAGAGCAAGUUCAGAAACAAGCGCGGCAAGGUCCCUCACAGGACGGGCCCAGCUCAAUCGCAGAUGCCGAUGGAGGGAAGACCCUGGAGAUGGAGGUUGUGACCUCCCACAAAAAGCGCAAGCACUUUGCCGACGACACAUCCUCCUCCUCGGACGAUCAAAUGUCCAAGAGAUCGAAGCCAUCGCUCGACGAGCCUGCCGCCAGGACCCCGCCGUCACUGACCCGUCGCUCGUCGAGGACACCCAGUCAAGGCAUGGAGCUACAGAUUCCCAGUCGACCUGCUACACCCCGCGACCCAGCAGCAGCGGCCACUACUACGUCGAAAGAACUACAAGCACAGAUACUCCCUACAGAAAACGGCGAGGCAAAGAACGGAAACAAAGAUACAGUGGACGAAGAUGAGUGGGCAGCAUUUGAGGCGGACAUUGCCGCCUCAGCUAUCCCCAUUGAGGCCAGCAUCUCAGCGCCAGCCAUGUCAGCGGCCGAUCUCAUGAACCAGCCUGCCGAGGAACAGAAACCGUCCAAACCGGAGAUUGACCUGCAAGACGAGCGCGAGGAGGCGCAGCGGGCAUUGGAAGAGGAGUUUGACGAGAUGAAGGACCUGGAGGCCAAGGUCCUCAAAUUGAAAGAAAGAAGAGAAGACUUGCGGAAGAGGCGAGCGGAGAGUCUACAGGGCGCCAAACCAACGAUACCCGAGGACGAAAGGGGUGGGAAAGAGAACGAGGCCGUCGUGGAGGAAGACGAGGAGUCGGAGGAGUCGGAGGAUGAGGACGACUGGGACGGAUUUCGCUUUCGCACGCGAUGAGCUGUCAAGGAUGAAAUGUGAUGCUUUGUAUCUCUUGCUGUACAUAACAUGGGCGGGCCCCAAAAGGUAUUUCAUGCUCAGGACGGGGGGCCACUAGCCAAUUGACAUAACAUUACUACACAGGGUAUCAGUACACAACCUCACCUCGGCUCAUCUUCUCCCAGAAUCUUCGGAGGCGCCAGACGCGCCCCACGCCCCAGCGUUCCUCCCAUUCUCGGGCCUCGAGCUCCUUGACCUCGACGCGGCCCCUCCAGGUGCCUUCGAUCCAGCGUCGCAGCCCGUCCUUGAUCCUCUCCCGCUCAAUGGUCUUUUUGCGCUGCACGAUUCGCGGCGUGAGGUGAACAGUCGUGAGACCUGGUACGCACUCCUUUGGCAAGACUGCUCGUUCGACGAGGACCUCUGGCGAUGGGCGCGUAGCGAGUCGACGC